AUGCCUAUCAAUCAACCCAGUGGUCAAAUUAAACUGACCAAUGUUUCACUAGUUAGACUUAAAAGAGAGCGUAAGAGAUUUGAAAUUGCAUGUUAUCAGAACAAGGUUCAAGACUAUCGUAAGGGAAUCGAAAAAGAUUUAGAAGAAGUAUUACAGGUCCAUCAAGUAUUCACCAACGUUUCUAAAGGUGAUACUGCAAAUAAGGAAGAUUUACAAAAAUGCUUUGGCACAACAGAUCAAGAUUCGAUCAUUAAAGAGAUCUUAGCCAAGGGUGAAAUUCAACUAUCAGAGAAGGAAAGACAGUUGGAAAUAAACAAGAUUAAUAAUGAAAUGUUGACCAUUAUAAGUGCCAAAUGCAUCAAUCCCAAGUCUAAAAAGAGGUACCCACCAUCGAUGAUCCAUAAAGCUUUAGUGGAAUUGAAAUUUAGUCCAGUUCUUAAUAAGCCUGCCAAAUUACAAGCAUUAGAAGCUAUCAAAGUUCUAACCAGAACUCAAUUAAUACCGAUCACGAGAGCCAGAAUGAAGGUCAAAGUGACAAUGAACGCUAAUAAGCCAGAAACUAUCGAACAGUUGAAAAAUCACGUCAAGGGAACAGAAGAAACUUCAUCAGAUGCCCAAAUCUGGUCAAUGACGGGUUUAAUCGAUCCAGUUAGUUACAGAGAACUCGUAUCUUUAUGUGAACAAGGCGGGCAGAUUCAAGUACUCGACAUGGCAGUCAUAGAUAGUACAUAA